UGCCUCCCUCCACUACUGCGUAGCAUGGUGAAGCGAGAGAGGAUCAUCUCUCUCUCUCUCUCUUUCUUUCUUUCUGAAAAUGUUUUCGAAAAAUUGUUUUCUUAUCAAGAAUGUGUGUCAUGUGUUUACAUGUGUGCGUGUGUGAAAAUAUUUUGUGUGCUUACUUUGUUUGGAAAACAAAUUCAGCUUUUUUCUAAAUCUUAAUUAUACUUAUAAUCACGGAUUUAUAUGUAUAUACUUUAGCACGGUGUCUGGAGAUGUAUUUUAUCUCUUCUAUUGUAUCUCAAUAGAAUAGAAGAAUUAAAUGAUACUUUAAUCAUUCAGAUACCUAUCUCAUUAUUUAAUGAUUUAUUUAUUGUGAAAUAAACAUUUACCUGUGUUACUAUUAUCUGAACGUGGAUAUGUGCUUGUCAUAUUGUUUUGAUUACGUUACAUAUUUAAUUAGUAAUCGUAAUACAACUGUGACCAACUUAUCUUAUUAACGACGACGAAGAAAUACGAAAGCAGAUAAUCGAAGUAAAAGUAGAUAUUUCAAAGUCUUUGUCUAAAUGUACAUUUGUAUAAAUUGUGGAGUUGAAUGCAAAGAGCUUUUUAGGAGAUACUGUCCUAGUGUUCUUAAAAUCUUAAAAUGCGAGAAUUGUGGCUUGUUAGCUGAUAAAUACAUCGAAUAUGAUCCUGUUAUAGUUUUUGUAGAUCUUAUUUUAAUAGAAAAACCAGCCUACAGACAUCUCUUGUACAACAGCAAUUUUAAAUCAUAUUGGAAAUUACUUAUAAUAUUAUGGCUAGCCGAAUCGUUCAGAGCUUGGUUUUCCUGCGAGAUAAGCAAGACAGAAUUAAACACAUUGCAAAUGGAUUUGAUCUAUAAUGAUACGUUACAAGAUUAUUGUAAUUUUUACAGCGUGCUGCUACAUACAGCAUUCGCUUUUGCAGCAUUUAUUUGUACAGUUGUUCUAGUAACAGAAUUAAAAUGGUUUAUCAUUGGUAAAAAACCAUACAAAUACAGUGUAAGAGAUUUAAGUUGUGCUCUAAUUGUUGGAGGUUGUGGCAAAUUAUUGGGAUUUUUGGGAAUAGUCUGGAGGCAUAUUGCGUCGGGUCCAUAUUAUCUUCUUAUCCAAGCUUACACUGUUUUAUGUCUCUUCACUGCAUACUCGGUUGUUUGCAAGAGUGGAAAGGAGGCUCUUUGAUUGGAUUAAUUGCUGGAUUUUUACUGUAUAGUUACAUAUGUACUUCCAUUCCUAAAUUGCACCUAAAUAUUCCCAAUAUUACAUUAACAUGACAUAAAGAGUCUGAUAUAAAAUCGUAUAGUUUUUGAUGUUUAAGCAUCUUUGACGGGAAGAACACUCCAACCUAAUACUAGUCUAUCAAAACCACAGGAAAAUAAAUUACAUACAUUAUUAUCUUCCAACCAGGCGACAGAACAUACCAUUCUACGAUGACCCUGCAAAAUAAAAUCAUGUUAUUUUUGUUUAAUGAGAUAUAUUUAUAAUAUCAAGAAUGAAAGAAAAAAUUCAAUCAA